AAGUGUAGACUCGGGAAAUCUUGAUAAUUAACCAGCGAUGCCCCCCCGGGUCGCAUGAUCGUUAAGUUUUGUUGGCUGCUGCCUCUUUCUCUCCUCUCUUCGAUCUUCUUCCUGUUUUACCACAAACAAGCUGUGUAUUGUUCCCGUGCCUGGUGCUCUCUUUUUCGUCCUCUAGAAUAUUGUUCUCUUCUUUUGCCGCCGCCGUCGCUCCUUGCUCUUGCUAUUCGUACAAAUAACUCACUCUGUCCUCCCGGCGCGAAUUUAUUAUUAUUACAAUACCGAUUUUAUGACGACUACUUCGCAUCGUGACGCUCGUUUUCCCAACCGUGUACCCAAGCUCUCUACCACCAACAUGUCUUCCAAUAUAAUCUUCAUGGCAAUUCGAGCUGCCCAGCUUGUCUUUGGUAUUAUUCUACUGGGCCUCACGGCUUACGUUGCUAACUGGUACAAUGUGGAUGCAUUGACCUCUUCUCCCUCUCAGAUCAACUUGUUGUUAUUUGCUUCGCUAUACACAAUCGUGUCUGUCCUCUACCUGGAGUUGGCGCCGAGAUUUGCUCCCAAAUUCUCGCACCCCAUGGCUGCGUUUGGCCUUACGACCAGCAAUGCGCUCUUCCACUUCGCUGGCUUCAUCGCCCUCUCGGUCUUCAUGAGCAAGCUUCUAUUCUGCCGCGGCAGCGUGUGCGGUUCAGCUCAAGCCAGCGUUGCCUUCGGUGCUAUGGAGUUCCUCCUCUGGACUGCCUCUGCCAUGUUUUCGGGAAAGGAGGUAGUCCAGGGGGGGUUUCUCCCCAAGCUCCCCAAGCGAGCCGCCAAGUCCCAGAGCCCUUUAAGGCCAUCCGAGAUGAAGGAGGCCCCGGUCGCGUAAGCUCCAGCAGGCUAUCCGUUGGUAGUCGCGGCUAUACGGACAUUCCUCUUUCGCCGUACCGGCCGUCGCUCGACUUCCAGGCGGACCAAAAGGAUACCGGGCGCUGGAAUCACGUCUAUUUGCACGUGGGUAAAGGCUCGGGUGCUCAUACCCUGCAGCCAUGAGAACUGCAAACCUCGG